AUGACAGGAGGAGGUUCAGGAGGAUCAUGGUCGUCGUACGCGAUGGGAGAUUCGGGGGGACCUUCUACAAAAAACACCACGACAAUCUACACAGAUGUCAAGACCACGAAGGGUCCAAGAGGACAAACAACCAUUGAACUUUGCACGAUCAUCGAAAAUACCCGCCCUAUGACGGGCCAACAGGAACAUCUCCAAAAACAAACAGAUGAUCGCCAGAGUCAAGGCAACAGCAAGUCUGCUCUCGCCUCUUCAUCAACUUGCACUGGAACUCAGACAUUACCAGCGUUUCGGACGCUGGACCCCACGAACGGACAGACCCCCUUUUUAUAUCAUCCCACCAUAACUUCUUUAACGCGAGGAACUUUCUUUGCCCUUUCCUCCUCCUCCUCCUCCUCCUCCUCCUCCUCCUCCUCCUCCUCCUCCUCCUCCUCCUCCUCCUCCUCCUCCAUUUAG